UAGAGUUUUCAGGGCUGAAUACAGACCUGAAAAUGGAGGUCGUUCGGACGUUUAUAACUUUUGCUCUGCUGGUGGCUUGCGUCAGAGGAGCACCAGACAAUCGUGGGACCGAGUUUAUUUUUGGUUUCAUGGAGAACCAAGGUACCAGCUACAAUCUCGAGCUUUUCGUAACCACGUCACGAACAACAACUGUCAAUGUGCGUCUGACGUCACCAAGAUACACAAACCCGUCCAUAGACGAGUCAUUUACUGUUAUUGCUGGAACAGUUAAACAGCUUACCUUCAGCAAUAAUCUCCGAAUGACCGCUACUGGUCUGGAUUCGAAAGGGCUUCUACUAGUUGCUGACGACGAAGUGGUAAUAUAUGGCGUUAAUAAGGAGAGAUAUUCAUGCGAUGCAUUUCUGGGUCUUCCCACAGACGUCUUGGGAACCGAAUACUACGCUAUUACUCAAUAUCCACCAACUAGAUACACAGAGAUACUUGUUGUCGGUGUGAACGACUCGACAUCUGUUGGAUUCAGAUUGGCAGACCACAAUGACGUAAGUGUGACGUAUAAUGGUGUCACAUAUAGGAAAAACGAUUGGCUGAAUCUGACCAUCGAUAGGUUUGACACUUUUCAAAUACACACAUAUGGUGAUCUGACGGGUACUUACAUAGUCUCGGACAAAAUCGUGUCAGCCUUUAGCGGAAAUAAGAAAACUAAAAUUGGCACCGGAAACUCACAAGACCACUUGGUUGAACAUCUCACGCCGGUUAAUACAUGGGGAAAGCGGUUUGCACUAAUUCCUAUUGCAACCAGAACGACUGGGGACUACUACAAGUUCGUGGCGUCUGAAAGUGAUACGGUGGUAACAGUAAAUGCCUUGGAUGGUAAUACUGCUAAAAGUGAAACAAUCGACCUUGCAACAGGGGGCACGUUUUCACAGAAACAUUACAGCUCCAAUUUCUACGCUUACGUGACCUCGAACAAACCUAUCCUAGUAGCGCAGUUUGUUCUUAGCCAGGUAACUGAGUCGGCCGACCCUUCCAUGUUGAUAAUCCCACCAAUCGAGCAGUUUGCUUCUGACUAUACUUUCACCACGCCGGAAUACUCAUUAGGUUCUUACAGCAACUAUUUCAUGUUUGUACUCAAAGAGACAGAGAAAACCGGGCUCCGAUUGGAUGAACAGACGCUACCGUCUAAUACGGUGUAUAACAGUGUCCCAGGAACGGAUUUAGUCGGGGGAUAUGUAUCCCUGUCAGAAGGUUCACACACCAUCAGACAUAACUCUCCAAUCUCCGUAUUUGGUGGAUUCCUCUUCGGAAGGGCUCAUGCGGAGUCGUAUGGUUUUCCUACUGGUAUGAGGCUUUCCCCAAUAAACAUGGUCUGUGUCCCUUCUCAAAGUGUCACCGGCGAUGGUCUUGACAACGACUGUGACGGCCUCAUCGACGAGGAAAUAUGUACACCUGAUAACAACGCUACAGAUGACGACGGCGAUGGUUUUGCGGAGGAGGAUUGUGCCAACCCAACACCAAUCGACGGCGGGUGGACAGCUUGGGAGGCGUGGGGAAGUUGUACAUGUGUAGGCCAGACGUCGGCCUCAGGAGGGACCCAGAAGAGAAUGAGAACGUGCACUAAUCCCGUUCCGAAGUACGACGGCAAGCAAUGCCCAAGCGUAAAUCAAGAGGACCAGCAAUGCACUCCAAACUCCGACUGCUCAGCUGAUGGAACCUGGACACUUUGGGCGUCAUGGACCACGUGCUCUACAACGUGUGGCGGCGGAUCUUUUUCAAGAACACGCACAUGCACCGACCCUGCGCCUUCUGGAAACGGGGCAUCUUGUUCCGGAACUGGCUCCGACUCCGAAAGUUGCAACACUCAAGGGUGUCCUGUUGAUGGUGCCUGGGGAUCAUGGACCCAGUUUAGCGCAUGCAGCAAUUAUUGCGGCCCUGGAAACUCGAAUCGCACGCGCACAUGUGCAUCACCGGCUCCUCAAAAUGGUGGCCUUCUGUGUACCGGAGAUGACAUAGAGAGUCAAACAUGCACAGGGACUUGUCAAGUUGAUGGUAACUGGGCUGCUUGGCUACAGUGGGGUGUUUGUACGAAGUCGUGUGAUGGGGGCAUAAGGUCAAGGUCACGAACGUGUACUGACCCAGCGCCUUCUAGCAACGGUGACAUCUGCCCAGGCUCCACAGGGGAGUUUGACACUUGUGGAACAGCCCAAUGUCCAACUGUGGCAGCAGGAGUUUACCAGCAACUGUGUCCGACCAACUGGUUCACAUGCGAGUCUGGAACCAUGAGGUGUGUCCAGUGGUCAAUGAUGUGUGACUGCUCUAAUGAUUGCGAUGACGGAAGUGACGAAACAGUGGGAUAUGCCGGAUGUGACGCAGCACUCCAGGCUACCUGCCCUAGCUCAGCCGACAGUCUCCGCUCGCUGAACUUGCUGACUGUGAUGACAGCAGUGGUAUGUCUGAGCAAGGGCGCCACCUGGUAGAAAAACGAUGAUUUGUGUGAAAAUAGGCCGCCACCAUGUCAUAGCGACUUUGGUACAUACUAGAUUUCCUGUCAGUCAUUAAAUUGUUAUUUUAGUAGGUCAUUCCCUACGUAUGUAUAUGUAUAUGUAUAUGUAUUUUUACUUUGUAUAUAAAACACUUUAAUGGAAUAAGGUCAGUUAUCUAAUUAUAGUGUAAAUGUAAUACAGUUGUGGGAACGCACAACGCACCAAAUAUAGCGUGCGCACAUCAUCGUGCACACACCGUCCGCGCAUCGUCCAUACAUGGUGCGCACAACUGUGCGCUUUAACAAUCGUUCGCAUCGCUUCUCUCCGCACAAAUGGGCGAUUUGGUAGAGUUGGUUGAUCAACAUUACGGAAUGAAAAAAAUUGGAGCCCUCGUAUGGAAUAAAGAACGCGUGUUACACAGCAUUAGUGACCGUUAUACUGUCAAGAACGGGUUAAGCUCCUAAGUAACAGAACAGGUAAAUAACAUUUUGAUGAUUGACCGAAGUUGUACCUGGCCUGUGCCUGACAAAAAGAGCUGAAAUGUGAUACCUUAUGAACAUUAUGAAAACACAACUGGGCGUCAAGUAUUUGUUAUUUGCAUCGGUGUUGGUUUGUAGCAUCCUUUCACCUAGGCGGGUUACGUAAGUGCCCCAGGUGGAGGCAUUGGCUAUGUGUUCCUGUAUACGUGACCGUGUCAAUACAUGUAUGUGUUUAUGACCUAUUUUACAUGUGUCGAUUUGGUUCGUUUGGAAAACACGGAAAACAUCAUUUAUAAAUUUAAGAAAAUACAGAUAGAAUGAUCAGCUGAUGUAUAUAUGUGAAGCGAGAAUACAGAAAUAUACUUAAAUCAAGUUGAUAUGUUUAAACACGAAGCCGUAUUUAUUGUUAAGCCAUUUCUCAAUUUAGACCAACCACGAUUGUCAUCGCACAACUUUAGUCCAUCGUCCGCACAAAUGUGCACAAUUAUCGUCCAUAUUUCAAUCGUUCGCACACCGUGUACUCAUUGUGCACACUCCGUGCGAACAUCGUGUAACGUUGUGCGUUCCCACAACUGUACUUUAUUUUAUUCACACUCCUACACACUAUAUACAUACAUAUAUAUAUAUAAGAAAAUUGUGAUCUGUCAAAAUAAAAAUAAAAAAUCUUUUGA